GUCUGGAUCACACUUAUCAGAAACGAAGGGGUCUUGAUUUCUUGUAGACAAUUUUGACUUGUCUUUCAUUUUGUCUGUACAGAUUGUGCAUUCACUCAGACCGGGUUGGCCUGGGGCCAGACUGCGAUUACCACUGUCAGUGCCUGCGGCAGCAUCUGAGCAGGCCCACCGCCUCGCAUUUCGCAAAUUCAGACCCUCAUCGCCUCAAUUCUCUCUUUCAACUUUUCGUCGUCUCUGCAGCACAUGGUCCUGGCGUAUUCGUCACCAGGCCUCAUCCUUACCCAGCCCUCCGAGCAAUCCCUGCCGGGACAUGCCCGCUUCCCAAAAGCAACAAAUCUCACAAUCCAAGGAUGAUUUAGGCACGCAUCUGCGAUCUGCAUCACCAGCUGUUAAGAGAAGGGCGUCUGACAUGGGGGCUCAAGAUCGAGAAACGUAUCCUAGCGAUGUAGAGAUGGAGGACAGUCAGUCGACCAUUUUCACACCAGUGAACCCAGACGCGGCACCAAAUUCAGAUACGAAAGCAAAGCAGCAAGAUCUAGGGCAGAGACACCGUGACAAGCCUUCAAGCGACAGCCUCACGCACACCAGUGAUCCCAGAGCUGUUCAGCAGUCUGCUGCAUCCGACAACAGUGGCAGUUCAACCUCCGACUCCCUUGUCCCAAGUCCUUCGAAUCAGUCCACCGCGGGCACUUCCCUAAACACCGAUGUCCCUCCCUGCGCUGUCUCGAUCCCCUCCAUCGAUGAACAGAUUGCCAAAGUCACCCAAUUGAUGGAUGGCGAGCCGCGUGAUGGUCAGAAAGGUUACUUGCUGUCCAGAAAAUGGUACCAGAGGGUGCAAGCCCGCGGUUCCCACGCCGGCGAGGUUGGAAAGAUAGACAAGUCUGCUACCGAGGGCGAGAUUGGACCGGUGGACAAUUCUGACCUGGCCAUGGUUAUUGAAGAAUCGACUCGACUGGUAGAUCAAGCAGGAGAACCCUACGUCCCACUCCGGCCUGGACUCUCUAUCACCGACGACUACGUGAUCCUUCCACAAGAAGCUUGGGAUCUUGUUGUUUCUUGGUACGGCCUUGCAAAAGACUCGCCAGUCAUCACCAGAUACGCCAUAGAUGAGAGUGUGCCAGGGACACCUCCCCAUAUCGUCUGGGAAUUGAGUCCCCCAAUCUUCUCAUUCCUCAAAGUGCCCGCCGAGCAUACCACUCAAACUCAGCGUGAGAAAGAUCUGCCACCUCGACGAAUGCUUGCAUCCAAGAAGAAGCCGUUCAUGCAAUGGUUAAAGGCAGGGAAGGAAUUGCUUCACAUCAACCUGAGCUCGAAAGUGAGAGUAUGGAGAGUCCUUGGUGGUCUCAAGAGUUCUACGGCUUCUGGCGUGAUGACUCCGACCGCUUCCAGGAGUGCCUCGCCUGCCCCGGGAGCAGAGAUUGUUGCAAGCGCGGGCGACCGAAUGCUACUUGACGUGCAUACCUUCGCUGCUCUUACCGUUGGCGAACAACGCGAAAUGCUUCCGCAUCAAGAUUUGACUGCGGAUCCCAAAUAUAACGGGUCGUCCACUCUAGCCUUUGUCGGACUCGGAAGAGAUGAGGUGAUCGUCUUGGAAGAACAGAAACCUGGCAAGGAGGAAUGGCCGAGCGAGAGCAGCAAACUGAGUUUGAGCAGAGGACUUAAGAAGACCGCGAACAAUCUUACUCCAAGCGGAAGAUCCAGUCCAGCGCCUGGAAUGAUGACUAGAGGGCGACAGAAGAGAGAUGGUAGACCACGUGGCAUCACAGGUUUGAGCAACUUGGGCAACACCUGUUACAUGAAUUCUGCGUUGCAAUGCAUACGCAGCGUUGAGGAAUUGUCACAGUAUUUCUUGCAUGAUCAGUGGAAGAAGGACCUGAAUGUGGACAAUCCUCUGGGCCAUCAUGGUGAGGUCGCAAAAGCAUACGCCAAUCUACUCCAUCAGAUCUACGAUGAGAACGCGAUUUCGACCAACCCUAGCAGAUUCAAGUCGGUCAUCGGAAAGUAUGGCUCAAGUUUCUCGGGUUAUCAGCAGCAGGAUUCGCAAGAGUUUCUCCUUUUUCUACUCGACGGCUUGCAAGAGGAUCUAAACCGGAUCCAUAAGAAGCCUUACAUUGAGAAACCCGACUCCACGGAUGAGAUGGUGCAUGAUAGCGCCGCCCUCAAAGAGUUUGCCGACAAGAAUUGGGACAUCUAUAAAGCAAGAAAUGACUCCGUCAUCACGGAUCUCUUUGCUGGAAUGUAUAAGUCUACAUUGACUUGUCCGGUAUGCCAGAAAGUCAGCAUCAUCUUUGACCCUUUCAACAACCUCACCCUGCAACUACCAAUUGAGAACAAUUGGCAGAAGGAGAUCUUGUACUUCCCACUUGGCAAACGUCCGUACCGAGUUGAUGUCGAUAUCGACAAGCAUUCUAGCAUCAAGUCUCUCAAAGAAUUCAUUGCCUCACGCACAAAAGCCGAUGUCGACCGAAUGGUGGUCGCUGAAUCGUACAAGAACAAAAUCUACAAGAUCUUCGAUAACAAUACCAUCAUUUCGGAAGCCAACAUCCAAAGUGGAGACAUCAUAUGUUGCUAUGAAUUGGAAUGCAUUCCGACGAACUACAACCCGAACAAGCCCAAGAAGUUCUCGCUCUACACUCUCAACCGCGACUCAGAAGAUGACCUGGUGGAUGACGACAGUCCAGAGGCAGACCGCCUGCUCGUGCCAAUGUACAAUAGAUUGGUCAGAAACCCAGCGUCGAGAGUAGGCUCGAAACCAUUCUUCGGCCAGCCAACCUAUUUGGUGCUCACCCGCCAGGAUCGGGCAACGUAUGAUGGUAUAUUGAAGAAGAUCCUGGGCAACAUUUCAGGAAUGACCACCAGAAAUCUGUUUGAAGAAGGCGAGGAUGAGUCUGAGGAAGACGCAGCCACACCUGAAGGAUCCGACACCGUAAUGAUGGGUGAUGACAUGUCAAGCUCUGGGUCCAAUCUCCCGACUGCUAGCUCUGUCCAAGGCGAGGACGGUCUGGUCGACGUUUCAAUGCGGGAUGCCAGCCAAGCUCCCGAAGCGAACUCCGAAUCACCGGGUACAAACAGCACUCAGAGCCUGCACAGAAAGUCAUCCAUCCCUGGAGCGCUUCGACAGCUAUUCUCUAUCCAUGUUGCUUCUACGGGAGAGGGUAUACCCACUGGCUGGAACCAGAUUUCUGAGUCGCAAGACUAUGAUCUGAUCAAUACGCGCAUUCCCAAAGUCUCCCCACGUAGUGCCGAACCGAGCACAUUGUCGAGGCUAGCUAAUGGUGACACCGGCUCCGUGUCUAGCGAUGAUGAGCUCGGUGACAUUGAGCAUGAGGACGCUACCAAUGAUAGCAACGAGUCGGGUUCGGAAACGAAUUCAGGCCCAGUAUUGCAAUCAGGUGCUGACUCAGAUCCCGAUCUGCCUCCUUUGCGCGACUUCGCGAAGUCAAGGAACCCCAAGUCGAAGAAAUUCCAGAGACAGCAAAAGAGAAACAAAGCAUUAGGAAAGCGAGUUCCUCGUCGGACACCGCCGCCACCUCCACAACCGUUGCCUAAAUCUACAGGUCGUGGGUUGAUUCGACCGGGCGAGGCCAUUGUAUUGGACUGGACUCAAGAAGCGCAUGAUGCACUGUUCGGUGGUACUGAAGAGGAUGAAAGCGAGCUGCGUGGAGCAGGCACGUGGAAGAGCGUCGAACUGUUGCAUGACGAAGAAGUGUUGACCAAACGUGCACAGAGAUCAAGCCGCAAGAAGAAUGGCAUUACCUUGGAAGACUGCUUGAACGAAUAUGGCAAGUCUGAAACAUUGUCGGAGCAAAAUGCAUGGUUCUGUCCUCGAUGUAAAGAGCAUCGGCGAGCUGAAAAGAUGUUCGAGCUAUGGAAAGCUCCUGAUAUUCUUGUCAUGCAUCUGAAGCGAUUUAGCUCGAACAGAAACUUCCGAGACAAGCUCGAAGUCAAGGUCGAAUAUCCAACAGAAGGCCUUGACCUCUCCGGCAUGGUCAGAGAUCAGCAAGAUGGCAAGAGCCUGAUAUACGAUCUAAUCGCGGUCGACAACCACUACGGCGGGCUCGGCGGAGGUCAUUACACCGCAUAUGCCAAGAACUUCUUCAACAACGGUUGGUAUGAGUACAAUGAUUCGCAUGUGUCGUCUAAGACGGAUCCUCGAGCAGUCGUUACCAGCGCAGCGUACCUCCUGUUUUAUCGCCGACGGUCAGAGCGCCCUUUGGGGGGGCCGCGACUGGAGGAAAUAUUGGACGCCAGCAACGAUGCAGAAGCCGACUCUGAUAUGCCUGAGAACUCACGGGACUCUUCACCUGUAACGGGGGAAGGUCGGCGUCUCGGCGACUCCUCCCACUCUGGGUUGUCGAGCGCUUUCGCAGUAGGUCAAGCUCACCGCGUGGGAGUGGGUGGCUCGGCAAUGGAAGAGGACAGUCAGGAUCAAGAUCUACUAGCCGGCAACGGAAGUCGACCGAAAUCGAUGGGGCCAGUAAUGUCGGGGGAUGAAUUACCCGGGUAUCCUGAAGAUGAAGGGGUCUCAAUGGAUUAUCCAGGUUUGGGCCCCGGUUGGAGCUUCGAUCGCCUGGGUCAAACACAAGCACCAGCGCCUUCCGAAGAUGGCAUGUUCGGAGACAAGGGCAGCUCUAACGACAGUACCCGAGUUGAGGGCGAUGCGGGAAGCCCCGUGCACAGUCUGUUGGAAUUGGAUGAAACACCGAUCUACAGCGAGGGCCUUACGGGAGAUGAAUUUGCGAGCCGUAACAUGAGGGAGAGUGCACCACCUCCACAAAUCCCUGGAAUGAUGGACGAGGGGGACGAUGACCCUCCUGUGGUGGAGCUUCGAGCUAAUCCGGACAACGAUGAAUUGACAUUUCAUCAACAGAACCAGUGAUAUUGUUUCGGGUCGGUAGCAUUUUUGGAGUGGCAUGGUCUGCCUGGCGUUCGGUUGACGGACGAACAGAAAGUUCAGUUGGCUGUUUGGCAGUAAGCAGUGGCCUGUAUCAUGACACUGGGAAGUAAAAGCCCAGAUGAUAUGAACGGAAAUGGGUAGAGGCCACAAGAAUAUGGACCCUCUUUGGCCAGGGUGACCUUAGUAUCGUGCGCAUCCAAUGUCGUACGCUGAGUAGAGUGAUCAAUGAUCCGACGGGGCAAGGUCGAAGUUCCAGUUA